UAUGCGGGUCCGCCUCUCGAUACUUCUCAGUCAUUCAGGUCCGGCUCGUCGCCAGUAGUGCCGGCAAGAGAAAUUAAGGCUUCCCCUAAUAAAUCCAUCUUCGGAACAAGCAUCCUGAAGAGGCUUCUCAAGGGAAAAAGGCAUCCAGGAUGCAUCUCGAGAUAGAUCAGGGCGAGCAGCUCUAAAGAACAGACUGCAGGACAUGUGGCUUCUCCACCGUUUCAGCUUUCAGACGAUCGACAACGACCACCUAGUCAAAUGUUUAACAUCUUCUCAAACAACAACUCCGCAGUGGCCAGUGUCUUCACCAGCUUGAAGACGACCCUCGGCGGCGAGGCCAUAGACGUGGUGACGAUUUCGCGACAAGAGGAUGCAAAAGCCGCGCUUUCCUCUCUUAAAGAGAAUUUGCUGCAGCGUAGGGCCAGUACAGGCAAUUGCACGUUUCUUGCGCUCGACUGCAAGAGUGUAAAUUUGAGGAGCAGCGCAGCACAUAAUCAUGAUGAUCAGGGACAUCAACAGCAGAGGCUUGAUGUCCAGGUGGCCUACAGAGACCAAAGAAGUGCUGUGAAAGUACUUUCUUUCGACAUUUUAGGGAUGGAAGCCGAACUACAAAGGAACGUAGCUGAACAGACGAGGCACUCUGAAUUAUUGAGCAAUACGAGCAGCUGCAGCUUAGGUGAAUCCUCUGCAUUGCAAGCUUGUGACCUCCUUUUGCAGCUUCUGCAGGAAGAAGACAACAAGAUAGGGGCUGCUCCGAUGUACAUCGACUCCCAGCUUGGCCUCGAAUACCUAACGGGUGAGGCAUUUGCGUGCCGCUUUGGAGCCUCAGUGUUUCAAGAACGUUUACACACAGUUGUAAGCGCAAUGGAACAGGGCACAGGCGCCGACGCGGCCCGGCUAUUGCUUGCGAGCGAGCGGAUCUACUCCAAGAUGGGCUACCUUGUCAGAGAUAGCAGCCGUUUCCCUAGAAAGGAGCUUAUCCAUGCAACGCGUCUACGGUGGGAACGCGUUGCGCGGUUUCCAAUGGCGGCUUUACAACGACCGACGCGCUUUCACCCUAUCAGUGGCCGCGCCAUGUCUGCAGAAUUGCACGAGGCGCUGGGAUUCGGGAUGAGGCAGCUACAAAUUUAAGCUUAUAUAGAAUUUAAUAUGAGGACCAAGGUAGUGUGUAUCAUUGAGGUCUAAUGUCUCAUUCUUCAGGCUGGUAGUGAAGUGUAUCCCAGUGCAGCAAAAUCAGUGAGGUACUGCGUUGUAUCAAAUAAGUAACUUUUUUGAUAUCAUACAUAUCUGUCUCAUCCUCGUCCAAACAUGGGUGAUGUGAGGUAUUUUUACUGGUAGAGACGUCCAGUUCGUAGUUCUUUGUGACAAGAAGCUGCCUCUAACAGAUAAAAGAAGGCGAGGGAUGUAGCACCUGGGACCACGACCUGCGCCUACUUCUCGCCCACAUUCCUGUCUCCUUUUCCAAGGCGUUGUAUGAAGGAGGUGAAGAUCAUUCGUGGUCAUCUUGUGUUGAUGAGGACUCUUCAAGUUUUAGUGAAGGAUUCACCCAAGAAGACCGAGUAGAGCCUGCGUUCCUAAAGUUGAAUGCAACAACCGCGGGGGCGCUGCGCGAUAUCAUAUUAGAAGCGGGCGCAAGGCCCUACGCCUAUCUUCUCGACGGAUCGCGCAUAUUUCUCAAUAGGGACGAAUCGGUCAUAGUAAGGGAGGAGGAUAUGACGCCGGACAGGGGACACGCAUUAUUGCGGAGUUUUGCCAAGAACCGCCAGUUAGAACAAGAUGAUCCCUCAGUUUAUGUAGCAGGUGGGUGUGGAACAGGACGAGAACGCGAGGGCGGCACAGCUUCUAUUAAGGCUUACCACCUGAAGUAGCCUAAUCCAUCUUCUGAAGCAUCUUGGAGCUGCCCCACAAGGGAGAAACAGCUCCGAGAUAAGUGCGCUCAAGAUGGAAUUGGUAUGCGUGUGAGCUCUAAUGUUGCUAAGUUCGGUUCUGACAAUCGCGCAGGCAUCAGCGCCUGUCUGCACCGAAUCUCAUGCAUUCGCUCGAGAGAGUCGCAAAUUUACUCGCUUACGUACCGAGUUGGCCGAGCGAUCGUGGGUAACGCAAACUUCAUGCUCGACCUGCUGAAGCCAGAG